AUUUUCCUUUUUUUAAAUUGGCAAUCAAUCUAAUAUCUUUUUAGGAUUCAUCUUCAGAUUGUUUUUCGUAGUAUACUAUGUUUGUUUUUUUUAUAACAAAAAAAUGGUUUCCCAACAUAUUCAAUGACUUUUUCAUGUUUUUCUUCGACUUGCUACACUAUGACAUUUUUAUGACAUAUGACAUGUUUUAUAAAUGACUACAUCUCAUUGUAUCGUGACAGCGCUGUUAACAUGUGCAACAUAAACUGCAAAGAAGAGCCCGUUUCCUUCCACUGAUGGUGUUGAUGCGUUUGCUCUCACUGACAUUAGUGCUGACUGUGUGCAUGUGGAGUUCUGCUGGAUGGAUGCUUUCCCCCGGCCCGCAGAUCGGAUGUUUUGAGCCUCUCCUCCCUCUCUCCCUCUCUCUCUCCCUCCGUCAAUGUGUGUGUGUGUGUUUGUGUGCCUCCCAGCUAUAAAAGCUGCUCUAUCACCAGGGUGCUUUAUGCUGCAGAGGAGCUCAAGUGUAACAGAGGAGGACACGGACGAAACAGAAGACUGCACUCGGCUUCCCACCGACUGCUCUGCCUAAACAAGUCAUCAUGGGCAAAAACCUGCUGAAGAAUCCCAAUGGGGAAGAGCAGUUGGAAUUCUGGGACCUGACGGAGAACGGUGGGAGUCAGUGGAAGGUGGAGGACAUGCCGGGAGGCUGCGGGUACGACUUCUGCGUGGACGGAGUGACCACGUACUUUGCAACCUCCUUCGAGAUGUGUCUGAAGAGGCAGGUGAUCGACCUGUUAGCGGAGGAUUACUCCAGCGAACAGCUGGACGCUCAGCCGGCCGUCACAGUGGAUGACUGGUACUGCGGCAGGACGGAUUGUGGCUGCACCUACCAACUAUCCGUGAAUCUGCUGGACGAGAACCAAGAGGUCGUACAGGAGUUCACACACGAGCCGGUGACCCUUGACCCCGACACUGACGACUGCUCCUGGAAGCAGGUCAGCCAUACAUUUACCGACUACGGCCCCGGAGUGCGUUUCAUCACCUUCGAACACGGAGGACAAGACACCAAGUACUGGGACGGUUGGUUCGGCGUCCGGGUCACCGGAAGCUCCGUUACGAUCGAGGCCUGAACGAGAGGAAAACGGGGAGCAAAAAGGAGAAGUGGAACCACGUAGUUCUAAACACCAUUAGGCAGAUGGUGGCGGGUGGGGGGGCGAGAGAGGACGGAGAAGUGCAGUAAUGACUCCAGGGUGGCGUGUAGGUCUCCGGGUUUCAAGAGAACCAGCCUCACACUUGUUUUUACAUCACAUGUCAUUUAGCUGACGCUUUUACCCAUAGCGACUUACAAUCAUGUUACAUUCACACAGCGUAGACGCAGCUACUAAAUCCGGGUCAAGUGUCUUGCUCAAGGACACAUCGACUAGGGCGGGGAUCGAACCGCCAACCUCAACUCACUGCUGCUAUGAACACUGUACUUACAAAAGAAUGAAUAACAAGAGCGGCUUUACUAACUUUAAAAUAUAAUUAAGUACAGCUUUGCAAGGCAGUGAUUAAUGGGUGGAGGAAUACUCACAUUGGAAUUAAAAUGCUGAAAUAAAUGUUCAAUGACAUCA